AUGUCCUCUAAUUCCGCCGCUGCUGCCGUUUCCGCCGCCACGACCUCGCCGCAGAAGUCUUCUCGCUCGUCGCCGAAGAGGGCGGCCGUGGCGAAGAAGACCGGCGCGAAGAAGGUUGCGAAGAAGCCAGCGAAGAAGGUUGCGAAGAAGCCAGCGAAGAAGGUUGUGAAGAAGCCAGCGAAGAAGGUUGUGAAGAAGGCUGUGAAGGCUGUGAAGAAGGCUGUGAAGAAGGUUGUGAAGGCUGUGAAGACCGCGAAGAAGUCGUCGAAGAAAUCCUCGGCGAAGAAGUAA